GAAGCACCUGUCCAUCUCUGCGCUGUGACGAGCUCGCGGGUCAGCUAGAGUCGCGUCUCCUUCAAGCUCACAUUCAUUUUAUGUCUUCACUGGCUUCGUGCUGAAGUGAAUAUUUGUGACAUAAGGAAAUUCCGACGUUAAAGACAUCGAGGCUCAAGUUGUCCUUGGCCAAUGCGGACUCGAGGCAGGAUGCAGCUGAACAUAUGGCGGAACAACAACUGACAGAGCGUCUGUCUGAUGUGAAAAAUCCAGAGGGUGUUUCCACUCGCAGCUUGUCAGCCCGGGCCCAAAAUGAUCUCAGGAAAACAUUUCAAGGCUCAUGAAGUGAGCUGCUGCAUCAAGUAUUUCAUCUUUGGAUUCAACAUCAUCUUCUGGUUCCUUGGAGUGGCAUUCCUAGCCAUUGGUUUAUGGGCAUGGAGCGAAAAGGGUGUCCUCUCCAACAUUUCGUCCAUCACCGACCUGGGGGGCUUUGACCCUGUGUGGCUUUUCCUAGUUGUGGGAGGUGUAAUGUUCAUACUGGGAUUUGCUGGUUGCAUCGGAGCACUGCGGGAAAACUCCUUCUUGUUAAAAUUUUUUUCCGUGUUUUUGGGAAUUAUCUUUUUUCUGGAGCUGACUGCUGGAGUCCUAGCAUUUGUUUUCAAAGACUGGAUCAAGGACCAGCUGAACUUUUUCAUCAAUAACAACAUCCGUGCCUACAGAGAUGACAUUGAUUUACAAAACCUGAUUGACUUCACCCAAGAAUAUUGGGAGUGUUGUGGAGCAUUUGGGGCUGACGACUGGAAUUUAAACAUUUAUUUCAACUGCACGGAUUCCAACCCAAGUCGGGAGAAGUGUGGAGUGCCCUUUUCCUGUUGCACCAAAGAUCCAGCGGAAGAUGUCAUCAACACACAGUGUGGAUAUGAUAUCCGAGCCAAAACUGACGCUGAGCAGAGGACCUUCAUCUAUAUCAAAGGCUGUGUGCCUCAGUUUGAGAAGUGGCUUCAGGAAAACUUGACGGUGGUGGCAGGGAUCUUUAUUGGAAUAGCAUUAUUGCAGAUAUUUGGGAUUUGUUUAGCGCAAAACCUUGUCAGUGAUAUUGAAGCUGUCCGGGAAAGUUGUUUGUUCACCUGAAGCUGCAGUGGAUAUCCAAAGGCAUGAAAGAUGCACAAGGACACUUCACUUUGGAUUCCAGCGAGAAAGGGACUCAAGUGACUGAAUGCGUCCAAAAAAACAGCAUUGUUUACAGGUACACAUAAAUGCAGAGUUUAUACUGAAGAAAAUGUAGUCAGUGUUAUAUCAAAUCGGGAGAGAACAACUCUUUGCUCAAAUGAGUGGUGAGCCUCCAACAUGUGUUGAGGGAGUGGCAUGUGGAUCUAACCAAUCACCGUGAAGUGUAAAGAAGACGUAGAGAGCAGGCGCCUAUUCAUGGGUUUCAAGCUAUGGCAACUGCCUUCACGGUCAUGGCAAUUAAGCAAUUCAAUUCAAAAUAUUAUAUCUUUUUGAACUGGGAAAGAUCCACACCGGGAAGGAAUUGUUUGUCUGAAUCCCAUGAAUAAGGCAAUAGCUCAUAAAUCGUGAGUAGUGUACAUGAAUCAAAAUUGUGAUCUUAUUGUGCCAUAUCCCCACCUGUAAAUCAGAUUUGUCUAAUUGAAGUUAAGCAAACACAGACUCUUUGUCAUGAUGCAGAAAUUAUAACAAUGUAUUGAAUUGUAAUGUUUUUAUGCUUUAUUGUUAAUGCACAACUGCAGUUUUGAUUACUGCAUGUGAGGGUCGUUGGAGAGAAAAGUGGUUCUGACAAUGCACUGCAUGCCUUUGGUCUACCACUAGGACUUUGGCUUACUGUAUUUUAUUUUAUUAUUUUUUUUAAGUUGGAUGAAUGGGCUCGUGUGCAAUUUGUGGGAGAGCCUAUUUACAGAUUGUGUAAAAUAAUUUGACAAAAUAUUAUAAACAACGUGAUUAAGGAUUAAAUGCACUUUAUUUUAACGUAGAAGACACAAAUGUUCUAGUCACUGAUAGUUUUACAGGCAGCCACUGGGGGGAGUAGUUUCAAAUUUUUCAAAGUUAUCUUGAGCUACUAAGUUGUUUAUUCCCCCAUGGUCUCCUUCAAAAUGGUUUCAGUAACUGCAUUUAUAUUUGCACACUGUUCACUGUUAUUCAUUGUCCAUAUUAUUUUACCCUUAAAUGAAGUUACAGCUACGUUACAUAUUUCCACGUGGACAAACAGUGAAGAAGAAUUCAGUGCUGACAGUUACACUACCAAUAAGGGCUCUUCUAUGCUCUUCUGGAAAUUGUAAAGAAUUUCUAUUUUAUGUUUUAUGUUUAUUAAUGUUAGGACAAACCUGUGCUUUGAUCAAACGAGCAUUUUGACAGUGGUGCUUGGCUUAAUGGCCAUUGGCUGCUUGUCCGCAACAUUUCACCAGCUUUCUCUGAAUUGCCAAAACACAUAUGUAUUAUAUUAAGGAGACUGUAUGUACUCUACGCUCUUAUGAUAAUCACAAAUGAACCUGGGUUGCCAGAGUCUUAACCUGCAGAUAGAGGACACUAGCACUGAUCAUUGGCUGCAGGUGAUGGGAUUUACAAAGUGAGGAUCAGAUCAGCGAAAGGCCUUUUUUUAGGUUUAAACCAACUGGCAACCCAAAUGAGAGGCAUGUGUGAGACUCAUUCUGCUUUCUGAUUGGAUAAUCAUCUUGAGAACCAAAAUACCAAAUUAUAACAUAAAUAAAUGGGACGUCAUGCCCAGUGAUUUUUUUAAUUAAGAAGAAAUAAAAAACAAAAGCUAUUUGGACAUUUACCUUUAUAACUGAGAACACAGAUGGAUCACAUUUAUGAAAUUUUACUUUAAGAUUUUGUAUAAAAAUAAUUUAAUUUCAAAUGGAAAGGCUCAUAAAUUAAGAAGACCAGUGACAUCGUACCGUCUGUUAUUACCACUCAUACUGUGGUCAAGGUUAUGAUUGUUUCCACUUUAAUUUACAAACAUGUAAAUAUUUGGACUGUGACUAGUUGUAAAUAUGUAAGACAAUAAAUGUGCAUCUUUGUUAAUGUCCAUA